CCCGAACCUUCUCGCCCCGCCCCCAACACAACGGUUGCCAGCGGGGAGCACCGCCCACCCAGGUGUUGUUAAUAACAAUACUUGUAGUGGAAGGGAUUGCUGUGGCCCAAAAGACCCAAGAUGGACAAAAUAUUGGAAUCAAGCACAUUCCCGCAACCCAGUGUGGCAUUUGGGUUCGAACCAGCAAUGGAGGUCAUUUUGCUUCACCAAAUUAUCCUGAUUCAUAUCCACCAAACAAGGAAUGUAUCUACAUUUUGGAAGCUGCUCCACGUCAAAGAAUAGAGUUGACCUUUGAUGAACAUUAUUAUAUAGAGCCAUCAUUUGAAUGUCGGUUUGAUCACUUGGAAGUUCGAGAUGGGCCGUUUGGUUUCUCUCCACUUGUAGAUCGUUACUGUGGUGUGAAAAGCCCUCCAUUAAUUAGAUCAACAGGGAGAUUCAUGUGGAUUAAGUUCAGUUCUGAUGAAGAACUUGAAGGACUGGGAUUUCGAGCAAAAUAUUCAUUUAUUCCAGAUCCAGACUUUACUUACCUAGGAGGUAUUUUAAAUCCCAUCCCAGAUUGCCAGUUUGAGCUGUCAGGAGCUGAUGGAAUAAUACGUUCUAGUCAGGUAGAACAAGAAGAAAGAACAAAACCUGGCCAAGCAGUUGAUUGCAUCUGGACGAUUAAAGCUACUCCAAAAGCUAAGAUUUAUUUGAGGUUCCUAGAUUAUCAAAUGGAGCACUCAAAUGAAUGCAAGAGAAACUUCGUUGCAGUCUACGAUGGGAGCAGUUCUAUUGAAAAUCUGAAGGCCAAGUUUUGCAGCACUGUGGCCAAUGAUGUAAUGCUUAAAACAGGAGUUGGGGUGAUACGGAUGUGGGCUGAUGAAGGUAGUCGGCUUAGCAGGUUCCGAAUGCUCUUUACUUCCUUUGUGGAGCCUCCCUGCACAGGCAGCACUUUCUUUUGCCAUAGCAACAUGUGCAUCAAUAAUUCUUUAGUCUGUAAUGGGGUUCAAAACUGUGCAUAUCCUUGGGAUGAAAAUCAUUGUAAAGAAAAGAAAAAAGCAGGACUGUUUGAACAAAUCACUAAAACUCACGGAACAAUUAUUGGCAUUACGUCAGGGAUUGUCUUGGUCCUUCUCAUUAUUUCUAUUUUAGUACAAGUGAAACAGCCUCGAAAAAAGGUCAUGGCUUGCAAAACUGCUUUUAAUAAAACUGGAUUCCAAGAAGUGUUUGAUCCUCCUCAUUAUGAACUGUUUUCACUGAGAGACAAGGAGAUGUCUGCGGACCUGGCUGACCUGUCGGAGGAACUGGACAGCUACCAGAAGGCGCGGUGCUCCUCCACGGCAUCCCGGUGCAUCCACGACCAUCACUGUGGAUCGCAGGCACCCAGCAUCAAACAAAGCAGGACCAACCUCAGUUCCAUGGAACUUCCCUUCCGAAAUGAUUUUGCACAACCACAGCCAAUGAAAACAUUUAAUAGCACCUUCAAAAAGAGUAGCUACACUUUCAAGCAGGCACAUGAGUGCCCUGAACAGGCCCUAGAAGACAGAGUAAUGGAAGAGAUUCCCUGUGAAAUUUAUGUCAGAGGGCGGGAAGAUUCUGCACAAGCAUCCAUAUCCAUCGAUUUUUAA